AUGGCCGCCGCUGGAGAGGCUUCGCCGUCGUCGUGCCCAUGUCCACAAUGUGGCUUCGCCGUCCCCCUUGCCAGCGAUGCCGACGCUCUGCUGCGGCAGGCCCGCCAGCAGAUCCUUGCGUUGGAAUCACAGGUCGCCCUGCUCGACCAAAAGGCUGCCGCCGCCAUCGACCGCUGGGCCGACUACGAAGACGAACUGACAGCGUUGCGGCGAAAGCUGUCGUCGGCGGGAGCGGGAAGUGCCGUUGCAUCCACAUCUACUUCCACAUCCACAUCCACGGACACGGCUGGUAACCCGCCUCUCACACCUGCCUCGCCAACACGCACCACUUUCUUGCCCGCCGGCGCCGCCAGCCGCUUGUCGGCCCUCUUGUCGCCCCGGCCGGCCAAAUCAACGCCCAACUUGAAGGCAGCUGCGGCUGCCACUGCGGCGGCACCACCACUGCCGUCGCUGCCACCGCCAUCACCAUCACAACCUUCACAGCAGCCUCCACCUCCACAGACGCUGUUGCAGUCCAGCAAGCCGCAAAGUACGGCCGGCAUGCCGACGCCGCCGCCAUCGGCCACCACCACCCGUGACGCGCAUGACUCGACCGCCACAUCGCCCGCUCCAAGGACACCGUACGGCUCCUUUCCCUUCUUUGGUGGCAAGACGCCAUCUGCAGCGCAGCUGCCGUCGCAACCAGAGGCACACGCUGUCCCCUCCACGAAAGAGCUGCUCGACGCUCUCACGCGCGAGCAAACAUUGCGGCGCCAGGCCGAGGGCCGUCUCCAGGACACCAGUCGCGAGGUCGAGGAACUCAGCGUCUCGCUCUUUGAGCAGGCCAACGAAAUGGUGGCCGAAGAGCGGCGUGCGCGCGCGCGCCUCGAAGCCCGCGUUGCCGUCCUCGAACAGCGCGACACCGACAAGAAGCGGCGGCUGGAGCGGCUGGAGCAGGCCAUGGACCGCAUCGAGCGACUCCGAGCCAUGCUGGGCGCUGUGGAUGGUGGUAGCGACCGCACAAAACCAGCACGCAGUGACGCAGCGUCGCUGCACGAAAAGCAAAAACUGCCCAUGACGACGGCGAUUGCAUAA